CGCUGGGGGCGGGCCGAGGCGCGGCGCGACGGCGCCAUCUCAGCGCGCCCGGCGGGGAGGCGGCAGCAGCCCCAUGGCCGCCGCCUGGUGCCGGGCGCUGCGCGCUGCCCGCGUCCCCUGCCGCGGGGCCAGCGCAGCUUCGUCCUGCGGCUCCGCGUCCUCAAGCUCCAAGGAUGAGGUGCUACAAGACAAACGCGCCCGGAUCCUGUCACGAGGGCUGCCAAAGCAAAAGCCCAUAGAAGGAGUUAAGCAGGUGCUGGUUGUGGCUUCUGGAAAAGGGGGAGUUGGGAAAUCAACAGCAGCAGUAAAUAUAGCCCUUGCCCUAGCAGCAAAUGAUUCGACAAAAGAAGUUGGUUUGCUUGAUGCAGACAUAUACGGGCCUUCAAUUCCAAAGAUGAUGAACCUUAAGGGAAACCCAGAAUUAACACCAAAAAAUCUAAUGAGGCCCCUUAAGAACUAUGGAAUCGCAUGCAUGUCCAUGGGCUUCUUGAUAGACGAGACUGCCCCAGUUGUGUGGAGAGGACUCAUGGUCAUGUCAGCUGUUGAGAAAUUGUUGAGACAGGUUGACUGGGGUCGGCUGGACUAUUUAGUAAUAGAUAUGCCACCUGGGACUGGAGAUGUACAGCUGUCAGUCUCACAGAAUAUUCCAGUUGCAGGAGCUGUGAUCAUCUCCACUCCACAAGAUGUGGCUUUAUUGGAUGCACGCAAGGGAGCUGAAAUGUUUAGAAAAGUCCGCGUACCUGUUUUAGGACUAGUACAAAAUAUGAGUGUUUUCCAGUGUCCCAAAUGUAAACAUGAGACACACAUUUUUGGAGCUGAUGGUGUAAGAGAUCUAGCAAAAACCCUUGGAUUGGAUGUUCUAGGAGACAUUCCACUGCAUGUUAAUAUACGGGAGACUUGUGAUUCCGGGCAGCCUGUUGUGAUCUCACAGCCUCAGAGUGAUGCUGCUAAAGCAUAUCUAAAGAUAGCUAUGGAAAUAGUAAGAAGACUGCCAGUACCGCCAGCUUGAAGUGUUUAUCACAAACUAACCACCAAAGCGGUCUUUUGGUGUGACUUACACAAGAGUCCUGCUACUUAGUUCUGUGGACACCACAGUCUUUAUGAAAGAGCUUUUCUGGGAAUUUAUCAGAGUUUAAAUUGUGAUUGUGAUAUUUACUGGUUUGCAAAUCAUUAUUUGGCCAUGUCCAAAUGGAUUCAAGUAAGCAAAAGAUGAUAGACGAUACGUAACUGCUGGAUUGUAACGUCAUCGAGCAAGAAGGGACAAAGUAUAUCUUUCUGAUGUGCCCUGUUUUAAGGUCAGGAAUGAAAAACAGCCUCUCCAGCCAAGCAGAAUAAUGAAAAGAAUGUCAAGAUCUACUUAAAAAGUGACAUUUGCAAUGCUAUAAUUUCUGUAAAUUUUUGUUGAGCUUUUUACUUGCUUAACCAACAACCUGACCUUAAACCUGUGCAAAAUUUUAAGUAGAAAAUGCAGUUAUGUAAUUGCAGUACGUUUGCAUUCAUCUGUAAAUAAAUAAAAGAUAGAUCUGCAUAUACUCUGAAGAAUUCUUAUGAUGGAUCAUGAAAAAAAACUCAUUCGUUAUUGGAUAAUGUUCGAUCAUGAGGUAAUUCAGUUUACCAGGUAAUGGAUGACAUGACCCUUAGGCUUAAUUUCUUGACUGCUUUGCAUUAUAAUGGACCCAGACAGAAGACAGGGUAACUGAGGUCUUCGCUGAAAACGCCAGAGCUCAGUUUGCCAGAGGAUGCAAACAUUCAAGAUACAUUAAAUUCAUGAUUGCAUAUUCCUCUUACAAUGCUGCAACUUGGAAUUUAAGUGUAAAGAUACAGUUUUGAAUCCAAGAAAACUUUGGUCAUCAAACUGCACAGCCUUCUGGUUUCCUUUCUUUAUUGCCUUAUAUUCUGUGAUCUUUAUUUUUGUGUUGGUGUGUUGAAGUAAAAGAAUAUGCCUUCAGGGAAUGAGUUCCCAUUCACAGUCAGAUGUUUGAGCUGACAUUUAGGCUUUUUCAUCUACACAGUAAAGUAUAAGCAUCCUAAACAUACAUCUUAACCAUACUAAGGAGUUCUGCUAUUGAUCUCUGUGGGACUAAGAUUUUUCCCUGAAGUGCAAAUAAUUAUUCAUACAUUUUGAAUUAGUUGUUUUUCCUUACUGAAGCAAUACAAGAUAAAAAGUUGGUAUCCAUUUACAUUAGGAACAUUAAAAUUGUAUUACCCAGAAUUUACAUGGGAAAGGUAGGUCUAAAUUACAGGUUGAAUUUCAAGCUUAGUUGAUUUUGCAAAUACGUAAGUUGUGUUCUCCUAAGCCUUAUUUUAUUUUUUCUUCAAGUCUGUUUCUGUACACGUACAUAAGUCUUCCCUCCUGUGCACUCUCCCAUGAGAUCACAUAUUGGUGUUUUGUUUUUUCAGUAGCAUGUUAGCCCAGGCCUCAAGAGUUGACACAAAUAUUCAGAUCCUUUUGGCUGUUGAAUAGAUUUUACAAAAAUUAAAGGUGGCGCAAUGAUCUGUUCUUUAUUUUAUUUUUAACAUUGUUUUUUAUUUUUUAUUUUUUUUUCUGUACAUAUUUAUUUCUGCUUUAGCUAUUGUAAUAGUUGAUAUUUAUGUCUGCAAGUAAUCCUGUGGUGGCUUUGGAGUAGUAGUAU